CAAGUGGAUUUCCGUGCUAACGGGUUUCGCCAUGGACUGUAAUCAUCGUCUACUCCGCAUCCGAGCAAAUACACAUAGAAAUUGACGACGCUUUAACGUGGGCCAUCUUCCUUGUUAGUCAAUAAGAAAGUUCAAAACUAGGCCGUUAUUGUUUAACGUUCUCAACCACGACAGUGCAGGUUUUACGAGACAAAUGUGACUUUUACCAAAUUAGUUAAAUCCUUCCAGCUUUUUUUCAUUUUGAGCGUUGUAGAUCAUACCGCAUACCCUUAAGCUGAUUCUUCAAACGUUAUUACUUGGUGACACCACCUCAGGCCAAAAUGGGGAGAAUGAAUCAUCUACUCAACACGGUGCGACGGAUACGGUUCCUGGUAUGCGUUUAUGUAUUGCUAAACCUAGCUUCAACAAGGGGUGACACGCCAAAUCCGACGAAUCCGUUCUUGAAUGCUCUUCCACAUUUGGACAACGAUGACUAUACUAGUGAUAAUCCGUUUGAAAAACCCUGCACGGAGGCCAAGCGCGGCUUAGACCUACCAUGCACAUGUUCCAGUGGUCCCGACAAUGGCACCUACAUUAACUGUGACCGGAUGGUUUUUCCUGGUGACUUUCCUGUUCUCCCAUACCGUUUUCGAAUCCACGGAUUUUCACAGCGCCUUACCGGUUACCAGGCGUUCCCUGCCCAACUAUUUACAGCCAGCGACGUUCCUCUUAAACGACUAGAUCUGUCUCAAAACGGCGUAGUGCUCAUUACGGAAAAGCUGCUGGACGGUAUUGGUGACACUUUAGAAGACAUCAAUCUCAGUCAGAAUUCGCUGGGUGAUCAGCUCAAUCCCAUAUUUUCUACGAGUGAAUUUCAUAACCUCAAGCAAUUGAAACGCAUCGAUCUUAGCGACAACGACUUAAAAGCUUUAGACGAUUUCAUUUUUAAAGGAUGUGAUAGACUACAGGAGUUGCGGCUGGAACGUAACAGCCUAACACGCGUUCCAACCGGCACCUUGAAAGAGGUGAAAACUCUACAGCGCUUAAACUUGGAACACAAUAAUAUUGGAGCAAUUGGAAAUGAGGCGUUUGCUCUACAGACUUCUCUCCGUUCGCUGAAUAUGUCGCACAACGUAAUUGCUAAUAUCGACAUGACUGCUCUUAAAGGACUGUCUCAACUUCAGAAAAUGGAUCUGAGUUUCAAUAAAAUCUCUCGUCUGUCAGAAAGACUCUUCCAAGACGUACCUGUGUUGCAAGAUGUCGACCUGAGUAACAAUUUCUUGUCUUCAAUUCCAACAUCCUUGACUGGUUUGCCUUCCCUCAAGAGACUGUCGUUAUCGGCCAAUCUUAUCCAGAAUUUGGAUAGCGGCGCUUUGGGAGAACUUCCAAGUCUAGAAUACCUGGACGUCUCUAGGAACAAUAUUGCUGAAUUGCCUAAUGGUACGCUUUCUCGAAUGAGCCGUCUGAAGACAUUGCAGUUUAGUGUUAACACUCUUCGAAAGGUGGAAGACGACGCAUUUCGAGGACUGGAACAGCUGGAAGACCUCUACUUGGAUGACAACGGCAUAUUAGUGGUUCCCCAGUUAGCGUUGCGCCACGUGACCAAAUUGCGCCGGCUGUCGCUCUCCUUCAAUCGAAUAGCUGUCGUUUCAGGUCAGCUUUUUGGUUUCACCACCGAACUGCAACAUCUGUCGCUGUCUUACAACGUUAUAAGAGAACUACCGGAAGAGGCAUUCUUGCCUAUCAAGCUCUUGCGACGACUCGAGUUGCGUGGCAACCAGCUAACCGCAAUCCAAGCGAGCACUUUCCGCAGUUUGGCGCCAUCCCUUCAAGAACUGGAUUUGGGUCGAAAUAGGAUCAGUGAAUUAGAAGCGCUAGACCUUCCUCAAGUUCAGACCCUUAAAUUAGAUCAUAAUAAUCUAACGGCGCUGAAGCGUGGUCAGUUUUCGAAGAUGACGCAACUGAUCGCCCUCAACGUCAGUCACAACGGUAUUGACCUGGUACCUAACGGCAUCUUUCGCGGUCUCUACCGACUCCGACAGAUUGAUUUACGCAGCAAUAAUUUGGCCACUUUAGCCGUUGGUGUAUUUGACGGCUUGGCUAACUUGCGAGCCGUUUACCUGCAAGAUAACUUGAUCCAGUUAAUAGAUUCGAGAACGUUCAGCCAACUGCCUCAACUACGCCUCCUACAGCUCAGCCGAAAUCAAAUUGCCGAAAUUCGCACCAAUGCUUUCGACAACCUGCCCCAACUCAGGAAAAUAGUUCUGGCCAAUAAUCAAUUGGAGAGUGUGCCCAAAAGUCUCUCGCGUACUACGAAUGCCAGUAUGCCGGUUGAAGUUCUCGACCUUUCAGCCAACAAGUUAUCUGCCAUUACAGCUCGAGACUUUUUCUAUUGGUCUAAGCUAGAAUACGUUAGUCUGGCUCGUAACAGGAUUACUUCGAUUGACGAACUUGCUUUUCAACAGCAGUCAUCAACCCUUAAAACGCUUGAUCUUUCACGCAACAAACUAAAGAUGCUUCCGGCUGGUUUAGUUGCAAGAGCCAUCAGAUUGCGAGCAAUCGACGUUAGCCGCAAUCUGUUAGAUAGAGUUAGUCCCACUGCUUUUCACAAUUCAACACAACUUCAAACGAUAAACAUGAGUUACAACCGGUUGAGGUCGCUGCCCGACAAUCUUUUCCACGGUAUCACUCGGCUUCACUUGAAUUUGGAACACAAUCGCCUAAACUCACUUCCAUCCGGCAUGUUUGAUCGCUCUAAAAUUCAUGGCCUAUUGUCCAUUCACUUAGGGCAUAAUUUUUUUGAAGAGGUGCCUAUGGAUGCGUUACAAAAGCAGUUCUUUCACCUGGAGUACUUGAACUUGGCUAGUAACCGCUUGCGUGUCAUCCCGGCGGAUAGCAACAUUCUUGUUACCAUUAAGACCCUUGAUCUUUCUGUCAAUCCUCUGACUGAGGAAUCAAUUCAUAAUGUGCUCAGUGAGCCGAAGAAGGUGAAGGAUCUCAAUAUGGCUGCUACUGGGAUCUCGCGGAUACCUGUUUUAGAGACCCCGUUCUUGCGGCGACUGAAUCUCUCGUCGAACAAGCUGGACAACCUCAACGAAACUGUUUUUCAGCGCCCUACGUUGCUGGAGAUGCUGGAUCUUUCCAACAACCAAAUCUUAGGUAGUGGCUCUGGACUUCUCAAUAUUUGGUCUCGGAUGAUCUUUUUAAAGAAAUUGAUUUUAUCUGGAAAUCCAAUCGGUCAGAUAGUCAAGGGAGAUCUUUCUAAUUUAUCAUCACUGGAAACGCUGGAGCUAGUUGAUCUAGCUUUGUGCACGAGAAUAGAUAGCCAGGCAUUUUCCAGCCUGCCAAACUUGCGUCAUCUUAAACUUUAUGGCCUGCCACGACUGGAAUCGCUACAGUCACGCAACAUUUUGCAGCACAUUACGACACUCGAGCGAGUGGAGAUUGAAAUCACUGAACCAACAUUGCAAGACCAACUGGCUCCAGCUUUUCUACCAAGAAUCCGGGAAAUAAACGUCCAUGGACGUGGCGUUCUCCGUUCCAUCUCCCCUGCCACGCUAGCAGGGUUGACCAGCCCUCGCAUUCUUUUUGCUCUUCACGACACGGCCAUCACCAGUUUGCCUGCUUCACUUCUUUUUCCAGUACCCAUGUCGACCGAAUUGACGCUGGAUUUAUCCGGUACGCAGCUUCCAGUUUUCAGCCCCCAGUUCUUAGCAGCCGCCGACAAUCAUCGCCAGUUUCUUGAGCUACGUGGUGUACGCAAGAACCCCAUCAUCUGUGACUGCAACGCCCGGCCUUUUCGGCGAUGGCUGAAGGCUCACGUGCCACAAAAGGGAUUUCGAUCUCGGCGCAGGCCGCGACAAAUUCAAUUAGAUGAUUCAUCAAGUAUUCUGGUUCGGGUGUCAGCUAGUAGUAGCCUCCUUGGUCGACCUACGCAUAGCAACGAUACUGUUCCACUUGUUACCAACAACCAGCAGGCUAAUGAUUUAGUUGCGUUCAAAUUUUCCAACAAUGAAGUUGAAGUCAGGAACACAACAUUACCUUCGACUCAGCAUCCGCAGAGCGUCCAAAGUGGUGUAACAACCAGCACGGAAGAAUUACCAGUCACAGCAGUAGACGGAGAGGUAUUUGUUGUCACCAUAAACUACGAAGAUAUUACGAAUGAAGAAGCGAAUGAUAGCAGUAGUUCUAUCAACGAUGAUUUGGUACUUAGUUUGACACAAGAGUUGGCAGAUGUGAGGUGUAGUGGACCAGCUGCUCUUUUAGGCAUUCGCUUAAUUGACAUGGCCGAAGAAGAUUUAAGCUGCGACGGGCUCGGUCGUGGUGAAGUGGUGGUUCCAUCUUCUGAGACAGAAAACACAGUAAAAGAUGUCGACGUGAUUGAUGUAGUGGUUGCUGCUAGACCCAGUCGCCCUUUAUUCACGCCUACGUACUCUUCACCUGUCCCUAUUGCACCAAAUAUAACAGAGGGCGAGCCGGAAAUCAUUUGGUAUAAUGAAAAUGAAGACACGCAUGUCUCCAGCGAUUCCAAAGGGCGAAACAACAUUAUUAGUAAGGAUCGGCGAUACCCGGAGCAAAAGUAUGGGAGUAAUGCUCGCGCAGAGACUUCUUCUGGACCGGGCAGUCCAGGGCUACAUCACAUGGACGCCGUAAUUAUCGGUAUAGUGGGAGGUGUGGUAGCAUUCGUUGCUCUUCUGAUCAUCAUUAUAUGUCUGGUUCGGCUCCGAUCGGCGGCCCCGUAUCGCGGUGGACCGAUGGCUGGUGCUUUGGCCAUCAGACAUGACAAGUGUACGUGUGUGGGUCCGAAUAGCGGGCAUCCAAUGUUGUGUCAUUGUUUGCCAGGCUAUCCCGGUCAUGCUUUGCAUGGUCCACCUUCCCUUCAAUCACUGGCUGGUAUUCCGGCUUUGCCUUCAUUGCCCCUACCUUUACCGCCUUGCGCUCCGCCUAGUUCUCGGGGAAUGGCUGGGCGCAGCUCUAUCUACAGUGUACCCGUUGCCAGAAAAGUAGGAUCGCCAUCACAGCCUCAUCCGGGUUCUACUCUAGGCUUGGCUAGUCGUUCCAGCUUUUAUCCACCAACACCUUAUUAUGUCACCUUCCCACCCGAGUCGGAAACAUGAUGAAAUGAGCAGGAGAAUUUCGCAACGUUACCAUACAGCUGUGCUGAGUGAAUGGAAGUAUGUUUGUAUUCGUUUGCAAUUUUUAUGGUGAAUUUGGCGUAUCAAUGAAAAAUUAUUUCAAAUUUUAUUGCUCAUGUGCUCUCGAUCGUGGGCUCCCAAUGAAUCCAUGGAAUACGUGAAAUAAUUUUGUUCAACACAAAUUGUCAGAUUAUUAAGUUGUUUCAAUUGGAAGAAGUGACAAACUGCUAAGGGAUCGCUUGGAACCAAUUUGCUAUCGUUAUCUUGAGUCUGUGAAUAUGCUUGUAAAUACACUGCAUCUUGUUAGGAAAACAAA